UCCUAAGCUUGCAGCUAGGUCAGGAUAUUUUCGAGUACUCCAGCAGCAGUAGAGUGUGAAGGUACAAGUAUCAACAAGUAGACCUGUGUCUUGUCUUCAGGUGUGUAUCACCAUGUCCAUCAUCAAGAUCCACGCCAGAGAGAUCUUUGAUUCUCGUGGAAACCCCACUGUGGAGGUCGAUCUGUACACUGACAAUGGCUUGUUUCGAGCUGCUGUUCCCAGCGGUGCUUCCACUGGGAUCUAUGAAGCUCUGGAGCUGAGAGACAAUGACAAGUCUCGCUACCUGGGGAAAGGCGUCUCCCAGGCGGUAGAUCACAUUAAUUCAACUAUUGGCCCUGCGCUUGUCAGUGAGGAUGUAUCUGUGGUCGAGCAGGAGAAAAUUGACCAGAUGAUGAUCGAUUUGGACGGCACAGAGAACAAAUCCAAGUUUGGAGCAAACGCCAUCCUUGGUGUUUCUCUGGCUGUUUGUAAAGCCGGCGCUGCAGAAAAAGGCGUUCCCUUGUACCGCCACAUUGCCGACCUGGCAGGGAACCCUGAGGUCAUCUUGCCUGUGCCGGCCUUCAACGUAAUCAACGGUGGCUCUCAUGCUGGCAACAAGCUCGCCAUGCAAGAGUUCAUGAUCCUCCCCAUCGGUGCCAGCACCUUCAAAGAAGCCAUGCGCAUCGGAGCAGAGGUUUACCACAACCUGAAAAAUGUCAUCAAGAAGAAAUAUGGGCAGGAUGCCACAAAUGUAGGCGAUGAAGGUGGCUUUGCUCCAAACAUAUUGGAAAAUAAGGAGGCUCUGGAGCUCCUGAAGGAGGCCAUUGCCAAAGCCGGCUACACAGAGGAGGUCGUGAUCGGCAUGGACGUGGCUGCGUCAGAGUUCUACAGGGACGGAAAAUACGACCUGGACUUCAAGUCGCCUGACGACCCGAGCCGCUACAUCACCCCCGACGAGCUUGCUGAUCUCUACAGGAGCUUUGUCAAGGAUUAUCCAGUGGUCUCCAUUGAGGAUCCGUUUGACCAGGACGACUGGGCUGCCUGGACCAACUUCACCGAGAGCACAGACAUCCAGGUGGUUGGAGAUGAUUUAACUGUGACGAAUCCCAGCCGCAUCUGCAAGGCGGUGGAGGAGAAGGCCUGCAACUGUCUGCUGCUCAAAGUCAAUCAAAUUGGAACGGUUACAGAGUCGAUGAAGGCGUGCAAGAUGGCCCAGGAGAGCGGCUGGGGCGUGAUGGUAAGUCACCGCUCUGGGGAAACUGAGGACACCUUCAUAGCCGAUCUAGUGGUCGGGUUGUGCACCGGACAGAUCAAGACGGGGGCUCCUUGUCGUUCUGAACGUUUGGCUAAAUACAACCAGAUUCUGAGAAUUGAGGAGGAGUUGGGGGACAAAGCUCAGUUUGCUGGGAAAAACUUCAGGAAUCCUGUGAUUGAGUGAAUGAGGCGAAUACUUGUGUAUCGGGGGACACAGAUUUGUGUGGACACCUUACUACAAAUAAUUAGACAUGUAGAAGUCCUUCUAUCAGUAAAUAGAAACGAUCAGAAACUGUAAGUCUUCACAGUCAUGAGAUCUGAAUAGAUAAUUUUAAACAUGAUGAUAGCACCUUAUUGUUUUCACCACAAACACAUGCACUUUGGAGAUGAAGGUAAUAAAGUUUUGUUUGUGAAAAUAAACUAUUAUGAAAUGUC